AUGGCAACAAUCUCAGCAUCAAAUGCCUCCAAUCUCUUGCUCAUCACCUUGGCUAGUUUGCUCCUAAUGCUUGGCACAUCAACAGCAUAUGAGUUCCGUGUCGGCGGAGAGAAUGGUUGGUCAAAGCCGGACGGAAACGAGACAGAGUCUUACAACCAAUGGGCGACGAAGAACCGAUUUCACAUCGGCGACAUCUUAUAUUUCAAGUAUGUGAAUGAUUCGGUGUUGGUGGUGGAUCGUGAGGAUUACAACAAGUGCAAAACCAGUAAGCCGGUGAGAGAGUUCACAGACGGCAACACGACGUUUCGGUUUGAUCGGUUUGGGUUCUUUUACUUUAUCAGUGGCUUGAAGGACCAUUGUGAGGCUGGCCAGAAGUUGAUUGUGAGAGUGAUGGUGCACCCUGAAGUCUUGAGCCCUUCGUAUGCGCCGUCUCCUUUACCGAAUGGUGAAGAUGGUUUGAGCCCUGGUUCUUCAGUGAAGCCUAAGUCUAAUGGUGCAUCAAAGUUUAUUGCUGGUUCUAGCUCUUCUUCAGUGAUCAUGGUAGCUCUUGGAGUUAUAAUCUUAGUCUUUGCUUGA